GGACAGAGCUUUUCUCAGACAUUCAGCGCUGAAUUGAUCGGCUCUAGUCGAUUAGUAUCCUGUAGUCCAAAAUACUGGCGGAUCUGGACGGAGACAAUUUCGUGUUCUGAUCUCUUUAAAAAAAAACAUUUCUAGUAAUUUCUACUAUUUCUAAAGAAAAAGGGGGCUAUUUCCUUCCUCCCUCCCCAUCCAUCCAUUCUUCCAUCUUUCCCUCCUCUAAGGGCCGCUGGACGGAUAGCCGAGGAGGCCGUGGAGCGCACUUUUUCAGUUAGGGGAGAAAGAGGACGAGCAGGACUCUGUUUUUUCCAGCGGGCAGAGGCACUCUGCGGGGAGGGGUUGGUGUUCGACUUUCACGGCUUCUGCACUGCGCUCGACCCGCUUGUGGAGAUCACGAUGACUGGUGGCGAGACACCGGAGCGGUGGCGGAUGCUCCCCACUCUGCUAUGGUGAUGUUGCCCGCGUCCAAAUGUCCCCUCCUCGGAUGAGACCACGUAUGAAUGGACGGCUGUGCAGGUGAUGGAGAGAAUAUGAUCAUUGUGUCGAGAGGGACAUCAUUGAAUUGUUGAUUCAGCUCUAAUAUUACUCUACAAUACAUUACAAACCACGACGGAUUUAAAUUAAAGAUGAUUAUUGAAUGCAAAUAAGAAAAAUCAACAAAUGUCACAUUUAUCCUUUUCGUGUUUAAGGAUGCCAGUUCAUCUUUGCGCGCGUGUAAAGCGAGUGUGAGGUGGCGGGAGACAAAUUCGCCAGUGUACCAAACAUUGCGGAUGUUACAAAAUAAAUAACUAAUUAUAGAUUUUAGCUCUUUUUUUCCAACAUGUUUUGGUGUCUGAAACGUACCAUGGCAAUUACGACCAACAUGCCUGGUUGAGGGGAAACACUUGGUGGAUUUAUUUUCCUUUAAAAAAAAAAAUUUGAUAAUCUGAUUGAUUUUAAUAUUGUGCUGUGGUCAUGAUGACAAUACAACAUUUUAUCUUCAAGCGAAGCACAAGGGGCAUCUGACGAGCCUAUCGCACCGUGGAAAUGGUUCGGGAGAAAACGAUGGAGCAGCCAUGGAGAACAUGAAACAUUUAUACUAACUCAUCUUGGAAUGUCCCCAAUCUGAUAUCCCCAAUAUCUCAACAGAGCCUUACUCUUCUUUUUUGGACAUCUAAAAACGACCUGAAGAAGAAUUGUGAAUCCUACUGCACUGAUAGUCGUGCAACAAGCCAAGCUAUCCACCCCACCCCCACCCCCACCACACGUUGCAUUUGUUUUACACCCGAGAGACCAAAGCAUAGAUGGCGUCUUCAUCUUGUAAAGGCCGCACCAUAUAGGCUUACCGCCCGGCAACUCUCCCCCUAUGCAGGUGGAAGAAGCAGAAUAAAACAGUUGAGUGUCUGAGCAGUCCGCAGGCAGAUGGGAUGUAAUGUUGUGUGGUCGUGCUGAGCAUUCGCCUCCUUCUCAGCUACAGCUGCUUUGUAAAGAUUUGGUGUCCAGAGAAUGGCGCGGUUCGAAAACGAGAUGCCGUCCAGGUAUGGCGGCGGCCACGGCCAUGGACCAGGACAUGGACCUGGAGGCCCUGGCCGCGGCGGCAGCCGGCAGGGCGGCCCGCCUGGAGGCCCCGGGGGACAGCGGGUCUACAAGCAGUCCAUGGCGCAGAGAGCCCGGACCAUGGCCCUGUACAACCCCAUCCCGGUGCGUCAGAACUGCUUCACCGUCAACCGCUCGCUGUUCAUCUUCAGCGAGGAUAACUUUGUGAGAAAAUACGCCAAAAAGAUUACAGAAUGGCCUCCGUUUGAGUGGUUGAUCCUGGCCACCAUCUGUGCCAACUGUAUUGUCCUGGCUCUGGAGCAACAUCUGCCUGAUGGAGACAAGACUCCUCUGUCUGAACGCCUGGAUGACACUGAGCCCUACUUCAUAGGGAUCUUCUGUUUUGAGUCAGGCAUUAAGAUCCUGGCUCUAGGAUUUGCCUUCCAUAAGAACUCCUACAUAAGGAACGGAUGGAAUGCCAUGGACUUCGUAGUAGUAUGCACAGGGAUUCUGUCUACAGUGGGAUCGGACUUCGAUUUGCGGACUCUGAGAGCGGUCCGUGUGCUGAGACCCCUCAAACUGGUGUCUGGGAUACCCAGCCUCCAGGUGGUCCUCAAGUCCAUCAUGAAGGCUAUGAUUCCACUGCUGCAGAUCGGCCUGUUGCUAUUCUUCGCCAUCCUCAUGUUCGCUAUCAUCGGCCUGGAGUUCUACAUGGGCAAAUUCCAUACUACCUGCUUCGACAUUCACACAGAUGAGAUUCGUGAGGAAGUUCCGUGUGGGACCGAAGCCCCGUCGAGACUAUGUCCAAACGGGACCACGUGUCGAAAGUAUUGGCUGGGUCCUAACUACGGCAUCACCCAGUUUGACAACAUUCUGUUUGCCGUGCUAACAGUCUUCCAAUGUAUUACCAUGGAGGGAUGGACUGACCUGCUCUACUAUAGCAAUGAUGCCUCAGGGAGCGCGUGGAACUGGAUGUACUUCAUUCCCCUCAUCAUCAUCGGCUCUUUCUUCAUGUUGAACCUGGUCCUGGGUGUACUGUCUGGGGAGUUUGCCAAAGAGAGAGAGCGAGUGGAGAACAGGAGUGAGUUUCUAAAGCUGAGGAGACAGCAGCAGAUAGAGAGAGAGCUCAAUGGAUACCUGGAAUGGAUUUGUAAAGCAGAAGAAGUGAUCUUAGCAGACGAUGAAGACCCUGAUGCCUUUGACGGCACCCGCAGGAGACCCACCAUCAAAAACCACAAGAACAAAACAGAUCUCCUUAACCCAGAGGAUGGGAAUGGAGACCUGGCAGUGGGUUCUCCAUUUGCGCGGGCCAGUCUGAAGAGUUCAAAGCUGGAGGGCUCUAACUUCCAUAAGAGGGAGCGUCGUCUGCGUUUCUUCAUCCGACGCAUUGUGAAGACCCCGUAUUUCUACUGGAGUGUACUGUGUCUGGUGGGACUUAACACCAUGUGUGUGGCUGUAGUACACUACGACCAGCCUGAACCACUCUCAGACUUCCUCUACUUUGCAGAGUUCGUCUUCUUGAGUAUCUUCAUGUCUGAGAUGGGUAUAAAGAUUUAUGGACUGGGGUCACAGCCUUACUUUCACUCCUCCUUUAACUGCUUUGACUGCAUUGUAAUAUGUGGCAGCAUAUUCGAGGUGCUGUGGGGUUUUAUCCAGCCUGGGACAUCCUUUGGUAUCAGUGUAUUACGAGCUCUAAGGUUACUGAGAAUCUUCAAAGUCACCAAGUACUGGGCGUCUUUGAGGAACCUGGUUGUAUCUCUGCUCAACUCCAUGAAAUCCAUUAUAAGCCUGCUCUUCCUCCUCUUCCUCUUUAUCGUCGUCUUCGCUCUGUUGGGCAUGCAACUCUUCGGAGGACAGUUUAAUUUUGAAUCUGGCACUCCCCCAACCAACUUUGAUACUUUCCCUGCAGCAAUAAUGACUGUGUUCCAGAUCCUGACCGGAGAAGACUGGAACAUGGUCAUGUAUGAUGGAAUAGAAUCUCAGGGAGGAGUCAACAACGGGAUGGUCUUCUCAGUCUUCUUCAUCGUGCUCACACUGACCGGGCAACACACUCUGCUGAAUGUGUUUUUGGCUAUUGCUGUGGACAAUCUGGCCAACGCACAGGAACUCACUAAGGACGAGCAGGAAGAGGAAGCCGCUUCCAAGAAAAAUGUUUUGCAAAAAGCCAAGGAGGUGGCCGAAGUCAGCCCCCAGUCUGCAGCCAACCUGUCCAUAGCGGCUAAGGAGCAGCAGAAGAACAAUAAGGGUGGUAAUAAGUCUGUGUGGGAACAGAGAACCAAGGAGCUGAGGAAACAGACUCUAAUGACCAGCAGAGAGGCCCUCUACAACGAACUGGACCCAGAGGACCGCUGGAAGGUGAACUACUCCCGCCACAUCCGUCCUGACAUGAAGACCCAUACAGACCGCCCUCUAGUGGUGGACCCCCAGGAGAACCGCAACAACAACACCAACAAGACCACCAAAGAGCCUGACCCCCGCCUCAGCCAGCAGCACGCUGACGAGCUGGUCCGCAAGCAGACACACGUCCACGAGAGAGGAGGUGGGGGAGGAGGAGGUGGGGGCUCAGGGUCUGGUUCAGGCCCUGGAAGGCCUUACGAUAGGGCAGACUCUACGGAGAGCCGCAGGAGCCGUAAGGAGAGCAAGGAGCACCAGGAACUCCAACACCAUCACUCCUCCCAUACCCGCCUAGAUGCAACGAUGCUGGGACAGAGUGGAGAGGAGAGGCCCCAGAGAAGGCACCACCACCCACGGGGCCAGGUGGGCUCAUCGGAGCACAGGAAACCCCGCCAGCACCGCAUGCCCCCAGAGGACGAAGAGGGUGGAGGUGGAGGAGGGGAAAGGCGACACAAGAGCAGGGGGACAGAAGGAGAAGGCGAGGGGGAGCAAGAAGGGGGUGAUGGAGGUGAGAGGAGGCAGAGACGGCAUCGCCAUGGCACUCAGUCAGGGUGUGAUGGUGAGGGGAAGAGGACGCGUCAACACCGCAGGAAGGAUGGUCCCAACCUGUCCACCACACGGCCCAUCCAGAAGAGCCUCUGUAGACAGGACAGCCAGUACAGCGAGGACAUGGAUAAUGUCAUGAACAGUAAAUUGGCCACCAGCCAGCCCCAGCUACCCCCAGGCUCCACCCAGCAGCCCUGCCCAGCCUCGGGUCUCCCCAGCCCAGCCAACCACAAUACUCCAGGCCCAGGCUUCGGCCCUGCAGGCCUCAACACUCACCUGACCAACAGCAGCUCCCACCUGGGCCUAGAUGGAAGCUUGGUUCCUGCAUACGGAAGUAGCACCCGGAUACCGGACCACACGGCAGUGGACAUACCACCCAUGUUUCCUUCCCACAACGCCAUAUUGCAGGUCAAUAAGAAUGCUAACACGGAGCCUCUGCCUAAGAAGGAGGAUAAGGAGGAUGAUGAUGAUGAGAAGGGUGAUGAAGAUGGACCCAAACCAAUGCCUCCCUAUAGCUCCAUGUUCAUCCUCUCUACCACCAACCCGUUCCGGAGACUAUGCCACUACAUUGUGACUCUGAAAUUCUUUGAGUUUGGUAUCCUGUCUACCAUCGCUAUGAGCAGUAUCGCCUUGGCAGCAGAAGACCCCGUCUGGCCAGAAUCACCUCGCAACAAUGUUCUGCGCUACUUUGACUAUGUGUUUACGGGAGUGUUCACCUUUGAGAUGUUGAUUAAGAUGGUGGAUCUGGGCCUGGUGUUGCACCAGGGCUCCUAUUUCCGUGACCUGUGGAACAUCCUGGACUUUAUAGUGGUUAGUGGUGCUCUGGUGGCCUUCGCCUUCACGGGAAGCAGUAAGGGGAAAGACAUCAGCACAAUCAAGUCUCUGAGGGUUCUGAGAGUGUUGCGACCUCUGAAGACUAUCAAGCGUCUUCCAAAGCUCAAGGCUGUGUUUGACUGUGUGGUCAACUCCCUGAAGAACGCUGUGUUUGACAUCCUCAUCGUCUACAUGCUCUUCAUGUUUAUUUUUGCUGUGGUGGACUGUGUUGUUGUGCAGCUGUUCAAAGGGAGAUUCUUCUACUGCACUCCAGAGUCCAAAGAGUUUGAACGCGAUUGCAGGGGCGAAUAUCUAGUCUAUGAGCGGAAUAAUGAAGUGAAGGCGCAGAAGCGGGAGUGGAAGAAGUACGAUUUCCACUACGACAACGUGCUUUGGGCCCUGCUCACCCUCUUCACCGUUUCUACCGGAGAGGGGUGGCCGCAGGUGCUGAAACAUUCAGUGGAUGCGACCUAUGAGAAUCAGGGCCCGAGCCCGGGGUACCGGAUGGAGAUGUCCAUCUUUUACGUGGUGUACUUCGUGGUCUUCCCCUUCUUCUUCGUCAAUAUCUUCGUAGCUCUCAUCAUCAUCACUUUCCAGGAGCAAGGAGACAAGAUGAUGGAGGAUUACAGUUUAGAGAAAAACGAGAGAGGCUGCAUAGACUUCGCCAUUAAUGCCAAACCGUUGACGCGACACAUGCCUAAGAACAAGCAAAGCUUCCAGUACCGCAUGUGGGAGUUUGUGGUGUCGCCGCCAUUCGAGUAUACAAUCAUGGCUAUGAUCGCGCUCAAUACUAUCGUACUGAUGAUGAAGUAUGACGGAGCCUCUCCGGCCUACGAGGCUGUGCUGGCCAACCUGAACAUCGUGUUCACCUCGCUGUUCUCCAUGGAGUGUGUGCUCAAGAUCAUCGCCUUUGGAGUGCUGAAUUACUUCAAAGAUGCCUGGAACAUUUUUGACUGUGUGACAGUCCUGGGCAGCAUUACAGAUAUUUUAGUGACUGAGCUCGGGAAUAACUUCAUCAACUUGAGUUUCCUGAGACUGUUCAGGGCUGCCAGGCUCAUCAAACUGCUCCGGCAGGGAGAGACCAUCCGCAUCCUGCUCUGGACCUUUGUUCAAUCCUUCAAGGCGCUGCCGUACGUGUGCCUGCUUAUCGGCAUGCUGUUCUUCAUCUAUGCCAUCAUCGGGAUGCAGCUGUUUGGGAACAUAGGGAUGGAGGAGGAAGAGGGGAGCGCCAUCAACGUGCACAACAACUUCAGGACUUUCUUCCAAGCUCUCAUGCUGCUCUUCAGGAGUGCCACGGGCGAGGCGUGGCAUGACAUCAUGCUGUCGUGUCUUGGAGGGAAGCUCUGUGAUCCUCUGGCAGGGAACACUGAACCAGAGUGUGGCAGCCAGUUUGCCUACCUCUACUUUGUGUCCUUCAUCUUCUUCUGCUCCUUCCUGAUGCUGAAUCUGUUCGUGGCUGUCAUCAUGGACAACUUUGAGUACCUGACCAGAGACUCCUCCAUCCUCGGCCCACAUCAUCUAGACGAGUAUGUCAGGAUAUGGGCUGAAUAUGACCAAGCAGCUUGCGGUCGCAUUCAUUAUAAGGAUAUGUACAGUUUAUUGCGAGUUAUCGACCCGCCUCUUGGCUUAGGAAAGAAAUGCCCCCAUAGAGUGGCCUGCAAGAGGCUGCUGCGGAUGGACCUCCCGGUCGCCGACGACAACUCAGUCCACUUCAACUCCACCCUGAUGGCCCUGAUCCGCACGGCGCUGGACAUCAAGAUCGCCAAGGGUACGGAAGGAGGUGUGGACAAACACCAGAUGGAUGCAGAGCUGAGGAAAGAGAUGAUGGCGAUUUGGCCCAAUCUCUCCCAGAAGACCCUGGACCUCUUAGUCACGCCACAUAAGUCAACAGACCUGACGGUGGGGAAGAUCUACGCUGCCAUGAUGAUCAUGGAGUACUACAGGCAGAGCAAGGCCAAGCGCUCUCAGGCGCGGCUAGAGGCGGAGCAGAAUCGAACGACAUUACUGUUUCAGCGUGUGGAGCCGUCCUCCCCCAUCCAGGACGGGCCUCUCAGCCUCCCUCCUACCCAACCGGCAGAUCCCAUCAACAGCCUACCGGUGGAGGGGGGGGUUCCAGAGAGCCAGUCGUGGGUGACAGUGCGGGCUCAGGAGAUGUCCCAGAGAGUAGGCAGCUGGAGUCCUGAGGGACAGCACUCUGAGGAUGGCCUGGACAGCAGGCAUAACUCGCAGACGGUAGAGAUGAGAGAGAUGGGGCGUGACGGUUACUCGGAUACCGAGCGCUUUCAGCCAAUGGAAGGCCACGGAAGGGCCGCUUCCAUGCCACGCCUUCCAGGCGACAACCAACGAAGGAAAGGGAGGCAGCGUGGAAAUAACCUCAGUACUAUAACAGAUAAUAGUCCUAUGAAGCGCUCGGCCUCCUCCCUUGGUCACAGUCGAUCUGGGAGGGGCCAGAGGGAAAGGGGAGGGGCCGAUGAUUAUGCAAUGGAGUAUGUGAUCCCCGAGGAGGGCGGAGCACCGAGGCACAGCCACCGACGCCGUGACCGAAGCCACCGGGCCUCCGAGCGGUCACUGUGUCGAUAUACAGACGCAGAUACAGGACUGGGCACAGACUUGAGCACCACCACUCAGUCAGGUGACCUGCCACCCAAGGAGAAGGACCGUGACCGCGACAGAGACCGCAGUAGGCAGAAAGACCGCAAACACCACCACCAUCACCACCACCAUCACAGCGGCUCUGUGGACAAGGAGCGCUACACACCAGACCGCGCCGACCGGGGGGGAGAGCACGGUGGUCACAGACAGCCCCGAGGAGACAGAGACCACGACCGGGAUAGGGAGCACGACCGUCGCUGGUCACGGUCACCCAGCGAGGGCAGAGAGUGCAUGACACACAGACAGGGCAGUAGUUCGGUGAGCGAAAGUCCCGCUCCCUCUACCUCGGGGACCAGUACCCCGAGACGAGGCCGUCGGCAACUCCCUCAGACCCCGGCAACGCCCCGCCCACACGUCACCUACUCUCCUGUUGUCCGUAAAGCCAUGGCCACACCUCCCGGAGCCCAGCCCCUGGGGCGCAAUUCCGCCCCCGCCCCUCACCGCUUCUCCCCUGAGCCCCCCCAGGGACCUCCCCCGCCCCACCAUGGCUCACCCAACCAAGCCUGCCACCCCCCUCCCCGCUGGGGGGACGGGGGAGGAGGAGGAGAGAGUGGGUCGCUGGAGGGCGACGGCUGCUUCUACAACCAGGACUACCAGGAUUACGACCGUGAGCACCACAAACCGCCUCCCUACGAGCAGAGCCCCACACAGGGCAACCCUCACAAACCUCACCCCCUCAACCACCCUACUCUCCCUGUGCUAAACCAUCCCCCAACCCCACAGCAGCAGCACCCUAUCAACCCGCACCCAAACAACCCCCACCCCAACAACCCCCACUCCCGCACCUCGCCCAGGACUUCCCGCCACGCGCCCCCACCCAACACCACCCCCACCCCCAAGGGCAGCAGCCACCCCCCACUCGACGUCUCCCCAACGGGUACCGCGCCUCUUCCCCCUCCUCGCAACACCACCACGGCCCCACCCACCCCGGGCCCCACAAGGUCCCCCCUCCCCAGCCUAGAGGGCCCCGCACUAAAGACCUGCACGAACCCUACAACAACACGGAUGAUAACAGGUGCUAGCCUCUGGAGACUAUGGCGGGAUGGAUGGAGGGAGGGAGGGCUCAACCACACUGUCUGAGUUAUCAGUCCCUACCUCCCAGCCCAGGAAAACACACAGCCAGAGCACUGAUCACCAUGAGACAGGGGAAACCAAGGCAUGAUUCUUUCUUUCCUUAUUUCCGUUUGUUUUUAUUUUUGUUUCUUCUGCUGCUCAGUGUUUCCCGGGGAUGGAGGGAGUGAGGAAGGGGUAGUUAGAAUAAAGGGAUGAGGAGGACCAAAUUAGUGAACAGGGUAUGGAGUACAAACCAAUUCCUUCUCCAAAAACUAUGGAACCCAGCUCAUCAGAUGCAAGGAGUUUUUCAAAAUGGAUGAUAUAGGGGACGGAUGCUUUUCUCAACGUAUCAUGAUGCUACGCCUCUGGAAACAAUAUUAAAAACCGCCACAACGACCAAGACGUCAUCACGUAAUCAACGCAAAAAACUAUGACAUUGCGGAGAACUAAGUGGAGUUGCGUUAGUUGCAAAAACAAACCACGAACCCCGAUGACGGGGAGAUAUUGAUGAGUUUUAUCAUCUGUGUUUACUCUUAAUAAUGACAUCAGUGAUGAUGAGCCUUCCACCUGAGUGCGGUGGGGGGAGUGGGGGACACACCGGGACACACACCCUAACUCUGAACGAGAGAGGGGGUAAUGUAGGUGGAAUCUAUCCAUUCCAACCCCCCAACCCCCCAAAAAAGAUUCCGCCCCAACCGAGUAGAGAAGAAACAUAAAAAAAGUGGAUGGUGAACAUAAAAAAAAGAGACUUAAAAACAAACAUUUUCUUCAGUAUUUCUUCUUCUACUCCUGCGGCUGCAACUUUUCCCCCUUCCUCUUCCUCUUCUUCUUCUUCGAAACAUUGAAGCUUGAUUCUUCUGUUGCACCCGCACAGCUUCGUUGGAACUUGCAGAGUUUAAAAAUCUGUGGAAUCCUGCAUGAUUGAUACAAAAAAAUGAUAACAAAGAGAAACUACCGUAAUGUGGGGGAAACUAUCCCUGGGUCCUUUCUAUAUUAGUCUGUGGGGUUCUCUCUUUUUCCUGUAAAUCCCUUUGUUUCUCUCUCUUCACCCUGAGGCGUCCCUCUCUCUCUCUCUCUCUCUCUCUCUCUCUCUCUCUCUCUCUCUCUCUCUCUCUCUCUCUCUC